GAAUUUUGGUCAGUGUGAAUGGACAAGAAAUCAACUUAAAGUGUGCUUUGGCUACGAUCUCCGCUGAUAAUUUGUCUGCUCACAACUUGGCUGGAUUUACUUGCUGUUUCAGCAGUGGACGAGUUUGCAGAUUUUGUAUGAUCACUUACCAAGAUUUAAAAUCUCAUGUUAAUGAAGACAACGUCAUCAUUCGAUCUUCAGAGGUUCACGAGUACCAUCUAAGUGCUCUCAGGGAGAUUGGAGAGAUCUCAAAACAGACAUAUGGUGUAGUAAAUGAAUGCCCCUUUAAUGACUUGGAGUACUUUAAUGUCACCAAAUCGUUUCCUCCAGACUUAAUGCAUGAUUUCUUGGAGGGCAUUGUACCCAUUGUGAUCACCAAAGUCAUCAAAGCAUUGCAUUUUUCUGAAAUAGUUUCACUCAGUAACAUAAAUGCUGAAUUGGAAGCAUUUCAGAUUGGAAAGAACGACAAAGGUAAUAUUCCACAGAAGUUACCACAAAGUGUUCUGAAACAGACCAGAUUAUUGGGAACAGCAGCUCAAAACUGGUGCCUUUUCAGAAUAUUACCAUUCCUUAUUGGACAUUACAUCCCACAAGGCGAAGCACACUGGGCUGUGUAUCUGAAGUGCAGAGAAAUUGGUGAGAUAAUUUUGUCCCCCCGAAUAAAAAAAAACGGCCAUACCUUUUCUCAGCCUUCCAUUUGGAGAAUUCCUCUCAGAUUUCCAAGCCCUGUUUCCAGAUACUUUCUCACACACUAUCCUCGCCUCAUUUCAGACUUUGGACCUUUGAAGUCCCUGUGGUGCAUGAGGUUUGAAGGCAAGCAACAAUAUUUCAAAAGACUAGCCCGCAACACUUGCAAUUUCAGAAACCUGUGUUACACCCUCUCUAAAAGACACCAGCUGAGGCAGUGUUGGGAGUUAACAUCAUUGGAUGCAUUUCCACAAAAGACACACUGAAGGUGAAUGCUCAGUUCCAUUCAGGACCUUUCCUUGUGAUCUCAAAGAGGGCAUCAGGAAUAAAAGUAGAAUUAAGGACAUCCCCAGCGAGGAGACACUGGCUGUUGUCAAUUCUCUUUUGACAAACAAUGCAAAAUACAAAAUUGGAGACAGCUUCAUGAUUUUUGUGGCAGAGGAUGGCAUUCCAGUCUUCAUGAAAGUGUCUAAAAUUGUCCAAUUCAGGGCUAUUUGGUUGAUUUUUGGAAAGCUCCUAAUACCCCAAAAGUUUGAUUAUCAUAAUCAUGCCUUCCUUGUACAAGAGGAGAGGAAGUGGGUUGUCAUUCACCCUGGGGAAGAAAAGGACUAUCAUGCCCUUGACACCUACAAGCAUGAUGAUGACGUAUUUAUCACCCUCCAUCACAGUGUUAAUUUAUAAAGAGCAAGAGAUUGAUGGAGAAACCCUGCUGGGCUUAACAGAAAGGAUGGUGCAGAAACUAUUCCCCACAAUGAAACGACAAGUGAUCUUUUUAAAGGAACUUGAAAGACUGAAGGGAUCGUCUUCAAUGGAACAAAAACCUGGUGUGGAAACAUCUUUGGAGAUUCAAAUGCAUCGCGCUCAGCAAAAGUGCUGUGAGCCGUGGCCUGCAGUUUUUAGCCUCCCUGAUUUUCCACCAGAACUUAAUGAAUCAUUACAGAGGAAGGAUCCAUCUUUCAAAAAAAAGGAAAAAUCACAUCUGCGAUCACUGCUAAUUCAAGUGUUGUUUGAUAGUGUCACAAUGUACACAUGGUAUCCAAGCCACAAGAUAUACUCGGAUGUUCUUGGACGUCUGAUCACAAGAUUUCCUUUCCUGAAGGAUACUAGCCCCUCUGGUCAUGAUACCCUUCUGCAUUGUUUGCGUAACAAAUUUAAAAAAGAGAGAAUACCUUUAGUGCAUUCAUCAGCAGUUCAAGAGACGAAGAAGAAAUGUGGUGUUAAAAGGAAUGCACUGGAUCUCUCAGUCUCUGAAGAGGAGGUACACACCAGUCAUUUCCUAAGCAUACAUUAACUUUCACUUUACAAUUAAAGGAUUAGUUUACCAAACAAAUGAAAAUUCUGUUGUAUAUUUACUCACUCUCACUUGGUUCCUAAUCUUUAUGCAGCACAAAAGGGUCAGAUUUUGGGAAUGUACUAGUUGUUCUCUAUGAGUGGCAUUUUCUUCCUUCAAAAGCUAUGCAA